AUGAUUUCUUCAGAACUAUUUGCAAUUGGCACUUCUCUUUUGAUAUUCUUGUCCGCUGGACUUUUUGUCCUGCAGACCAAACAUGACCUGGAUCAGGUUUGGAGCGAGUUCGAUGAGCAGGUCCAGGAAGUUACGGUCCUUCGAGAUGCCACGUGGAAUGAUUUGAAGACGUUAGCCAAUGCCAAGAGCAUUCCCAUGGACCGAUCGAAAAGACAAAGCUAUUAUGAGAAAGUAGCAGAUUCAUAUGCUCUUCCACCAUCUCUAGGAGUGGAGGCACAUGCUCCUUCGAUUUCUCCAGAGUGCAACUGCAACUUGGAAAACAACAACUGUCCAGCCGGUCCACCAGGUCCAAAGGGAUCACCUGGAUCCGAUGGUGCACCCGGAGAAUCUGGACCACCAGGAAAAAUGGGCAUCAACUCUGGAGACGUUCAAACCAUGUACCAAGAUCCAGGAUGCUCAUACUGCCCUGCUGGCGAGAUGGGACCACCAGGAGCGCCAGGAAAAAUCGGACCACGAGGGCAACGUGGACAGAAUGGACAAGCCGGAACCCCAGGAAGCAAUGGAGCGCCAGGACACAAUGGGGAACUGGGACCAUGUGGACCACCAGGACCACCAGGACCAGUUGGAACACUUGGAAGACGUGGAAUGGAUACGGUAAGAGAGAAAGGGGUCAGAGGACCGAAAGGAGUGCCAGGACCAGUGGGAGCUGUUGGAAUGGAAGGAGAGAAGGGAAAUCGUGGAGGACUUGGAGUGGAUGGGCCAGUGGGUCCGACUGGAAUUCAAGGAUCACCUGGAAGAGUUGGGCCAACUGGAGUGCCUGGAGAGCUCGGAGUCACUGGACCCAAUGGACAGGACGCCUUGUACUGCCCAUGUCCGAAGCGAGUCGCAGAUGGAGCCGGUGGAGGUGUCUAUCAACCAUACAAGCAAUAA